CAACUUUGAUACACUGCUUAAGAAAUGAGCAAUGGAAAUGCUCACCCACUCCGCAACCCACCCGUUCCUGAAUCCAACGGUUCAAUUUCCCUGUGUUGCCACGCGUCAGAAGGAGACGCAGAUUGCAUUGGAUUCCAGGGUUGGGCGGCACACCGUGUGCAGCUGGGUCUGCAAUGGGAUUCGUUGUGGGCGAAAGGUGGGAAUUAAAGAGAGAGAAAGUGGUAGAGUAUAAGAUAGUAGAUAGUAAUUUGGGUUGGAUUAUCCGCAAAACAACAAAGAUGACCAAUCUGCAAAUACAAACAGAGGAGCCCCCUCAGAGUCAAACUCCGCUCCUAUCUUCAAAUCAUGGAGUAGAGAACGGUGAUAACAAUGACAAUACUAAGAAAAUCGAAGACGGUCACGGUCACGGAGACAACGAGGAGGAGAGUGAAGUGGAGGAGAGCUUGGCGCGGUUGGACCGUUUUCUCACGGUGUUAGGGUUCAACCAGGAUUCGGUCCUCAGUUUAGUGGUUUCGUGGAGUGUGUUCGUGGCGGUGGGAGUGGUGGCGCCGCUGCUGGCGCUCUCCAUGUGCGACUGUGCGGAGUGCGAGAGGUACGAGAUUCAGAGCUUCGAGAUGAUCAUCGUCGCGUUUCAGGCGAGUCUCGCCGCCGUCUCCUUGCUCUGUCUCUCGCACAACCUCCGCAAGUACGGUCUCCGCAGGUUCCUCUUCGUUGACCGCUACUCCGGACAGAUGCAUUGCUUUCACCGCGACUACGUCGCUCAGAUUUCGGGAUCUAUGCGGUUGCUUAUACUGUGGGUGUUGCCGUGUUUCCUUUUGAAGACAGUGCGAGAAAUUAUUCGUAUUUCGUAUGUACAACAUGGGUCGUGGUGGCUCUCGUUUGCUAUUUUUUCGGCUUUGAUUAUAUCUUGGACUUAUAUGAGUACAAUCUCUCUGUCGGCUUGCAUUUUGUUUCACUUGGUCUGCAAUUUGCAAGUGAUCCACUUUGAUGAUUAUGGAAAACUCUUGCAAAGGGAGAGUGAUGUGUUGGUGUUUAUGGAGGAGCACAUUCGGUUGCGCUAUCAUCUAUCCAAGAUAAGUCAUAGGUUCAGAAUCUAUCUUCUUCUAGAGUUCUUGGUUGUCACAGCUAGUCAGGUUGUGACUCUGCUGCAGGUCACUGGAUAUGGGGAGAUGCUUACCUUCAUUAAUGGUGGAGAUUUUGCUGUAUCCACACUAGUUCAGGUGGUGGGCAUUAUUAUUUGUCUGCAUGCCGCAACAAGAAUUUCUCAUAGAGCUCAAGGCAUUGUUUCACUUGCAAGCAGGUGGCAUGCAAUGGUAACGUGCACAUCUUCUGAUGCAUCUCAAUUGAGAAGCUCUGCUAGUACAGCGAACUUGGAGGCGGCAAACCAUUUAAACGCAAUACAUAUAGACUAUUCUGAAAGUGAUCUAGAGUCAAUGGAUUAUGCUGGAAUGUCUAUGAAUACCCAAUGGGCUUCCCAUAUGUCCUCUCAUCACAAGAGACAAGCUUUUGUGAUGUAUUUGCAGACGAAUCAAGGAGGAAUCACAAUAUUUGGGUGGACAGUCGACCGGUCUCUAGUGAACACAAUUUUUUUCCUUGAAUUAAGUCUGGUUACCUUUGUUCUUGGUCAGACGCUAAUCUAAGACAAAAUUUGCAGACACCAAGGAACCCGUUCGUUUUAGGUCUUCCAUAUCAUUUUGAUUGAAAGCCCCCCUCUUAUAGCCAUAAUUCUUCCUGAUGACCAAGGUAACUGAAUUUAUAUGUCGUGCAAGAAUGUUGCAUGCACCCAGUAACCAUGCAAGGUAGAAGAACAGUGUCUCGUCCACCUGUGGACUUGAGAUUUAUGGCACUGUUGUUAAAUGCCCUUGGUCUCUAACCCAAUCCGUAGCGCCACAGAUGUCUCCAAAGUUCUGUUCGUGAUUCUCAUUCCUCUCAUCAGCAUACUUAUCAUCAUUCAUCUUAUGACUUAUGAUGUGCACAUUAUGCAAGCAAACAACUUAAAUUUAUGCUAGUUAAAGAGGUAUGUGUUGUUUUCUCUCUACUUGGGCUCCUCAAAGCAGUGUUUAUCAAAUUGUUCCGAUUCAUAAUUUGAAAUGGAAGGAUCAUAUCUGUUGUCGUGUCUUCCCCUGUGUUGAAGAUUGCACCAGCCUUUGGACAUAUGUGACCUCUCCUGUUGAAUUCUUAUGCAUUUUGCUUUUGGUGUAGUAGGAAGCAAGGUGUUGGGCACUAGGACACAGGUUUAAAUUUUUAGCUAAAGAAUAUGGGGAGGAGAACCAAGGACCAUGUUGGGUGUGCAACUCUUGAUGGAUGGUCAUUACCAACGAAGCAAUGUUGUGCUUGUAGAAUUCUGAUUUAGUUAGUUUACAGUGAUUUUUUAAAAGAAAAAUUGGUAUAUGGUUUACAAUGAUUUGCAUUGUUUAAAGUUGCUGACCUGAUAACCUUUGUAUACUACAUCUCAGAAUCGUGCAUUAGAAUUAAGAAAUCGGCUUAAGAGAUGAAUACAAUGAUGUUUGCGUAUUUCGAAGGACAAAUGUACUUAUUGCUGGGUCGUGCAACAAACCCUUUUUAACAUUUACUUAUCAAAAUAUAUGUUAAUUUCUUCCUAGCAAAAUGGCUAUUUAAGUAAUCCUU